AUGUGUGGAUUAUGGGCAGAAAACACGGUCAUAGAGGACACGGAUGUCCGGCCUUUUUUUUUCGGUCACUCCGACCCUCGCUUCGAUCCCUUUGAAGGCUGCGGAUCGUCGACAGAAGGCGGACACGUGUCGGACGAUCCCAGACAUGGCUGUCAUGGGAUGAGCGCCGGCGGACCCAAAGAACCUUUUGGUCACCACUUUGGACACCAUAGAGGAGGCCAUGGAUUCCACGGUAUGAGAGGUUUCGGACACGAAGGACACCAUUUUGGUCAUCACAGAAGAGGGCAUGGAUUACAUGGCGGCCACCAUAGGCUUAACGGCGGGCACUGGGGCUACGGAUUUGGCAAUCCCUGGCAAUCGGCCGAUACGUCGUCGUCGAGCUCUUCGUCCAGCGAUUCAGACUCUGAUGAGAAAAAGGCGAAGAAGUUUGAGAAGAAGCAGAAGAAGUGCUAUAAAAAGGAGGCAAAGAAACAGCAGAAACAGUGGAAGAAAUGCCAUCAAAUGAGACAACGGAUGUCCGCUCCCGACGGAAACGUCACUAACUGUACGCUAUGUUGGCAUCAAAUCAAGCCAUUGGCCGACACAGAAGUGCUUGAAUGCGGACAUAUCUACCAUCGC